GUCUUUCUAGCUAUGACAUGGUGCACUAUGGCCACUCGAACCAGCUACGCCAGGCUCGGGCCAUGGGAGAUUAUCUGAUUGUUGGAGUCCACACAGAUGAGGAGAUUGCCAAGCACAAGGGCCCCCCUGUCUUUACACAGGAGGAGAGGUACAAAAUGGUGCAAGCCAUCAAGUGGGUGGAUGAGAUUGCUCCAGGAGCUCCCUAUGUCACCACACUGGAAACCCUGGACAAAUAUAACUGUGACUUCUGUGUGCACGGUGAUGACAUUACCUUAACGAUAGAUGGCAAGGAUACCUAUGAGGAAGUGAAGACAGCAGGCCGAUACAGGGAAUGCAAACGCACCCAAGGUGUGUCCACUACUGACCUCGUUGGCCGCAUGCUGCUCAUGACUAAGGCUCACCACAGCAACAUAGAUGAGGACCUAGACUAUCGGAAGCACACUGACAACUUUGGGAAGGGGCCAAAAGGUCACAGUCCCUGGACUGGCGUCUCGCAGUUCCUACAGACAUCUCAGAAGAUCAUCCAGUUUGCAUCAGGGAAAGAACCACAGCCAGGAGACACUAUCAUCUAUGUGGCUGGAGCCUUCGACCUGUUCCAUAUUGGGCAUGUAGAUUUCCUGGAGAAGGUUCACCAGCUGGCAGAGAAACCCUACAUCAUUGCAGGGCUGCAUUUUGAUCAGGAGGUAAAUCGCUAUAAAGGGAAGAACUAUCCCAUAAUGAACAUCCAUGAGAGAACACUCAGUGUCUUGGCCUGUAGGUACGUCUCAGAAGUGGUGAUUGGAGCCCCCUAUGCUGUCACUGCUGAUCUGCUGGAUCACUUCAAGGUAACACUUGUGUGUCAUGGGAUGACUGAGGUGGUGCCAGACAAGGACGGUUCUGAUCCGUAUGAGGAACCGAAGAGACGUGGCAUUUUCCAGCUGGUGGACAGUGGCAGCAAUCUCACCACAGAUUUAAUUGUGCAAAGAAUCAUCAAGAACAGGCUGGAAUUUGAAGCUAGGAACCAGAAGAAGGAAGCAAAAGAGCUGGCUGUGUUGGAAGCCAUGAAGAGACUGGAAGAGGAGAAGCACUAGCCAGCACAGAGUCAAUGCAUGGGUCGCAGAGCGCCACAGGCUCAUGCUCUUGAGGAGCAGACAGCUCUUCGAGAUGCGAUGCCUGAACGGGGACACAGCUGCCGGCAUGCAGGAUGUGCUGUCCUACCCUCUUCUGUCCUAGCUCUUCCUGCACUAAUUAUGCAGACAUAAUGAGUCGGGAUCCUGCUGCCUAGUUUUUCCUCCAUUAAUCAGCCCCCUUCCCCUUUCUCAGGAGGAGAUUGGACAAAACAAAAGAAACCCGGUUUUAAUUAUAACUAAUGUUUUAACAUGUUGAUGUGCUUUUACCUUCUGCCAUUUCUGGCUUUUAGUAGGAGGGAAAUGGAGCAGCCACCCAGGCCCCCUCUGCCCCUCCAGGUUUGGCUGUCCUGGCUGGAGUCUGCAUUCCAGAGCAGCCCUUUGGGCGAUGGUG